AUGCAAUUUCCUAAAAAUGCUAAAGGUCGAUCGUUCAGUUUGGCGUACUACAACCAACGAUCCAAGUCAGGAAUUGUAUACAGAAGAAAUUGGCUGUGUUGCUCACCAACAUUGAAUGUAGCUUACUGCGAACCUUGCUGGGUUUUUGGAGACAGAACUCAAGGAUCAUUAAAUUGGGUAAAUGGAUUUAAUGACUGGGGUCAUAUUUCUCGGAGUAUGACUAAGCACGAAUCUUCUAACAAUCACCUUUCUGCUUGCCUGAUAUAUAACAAAUGGAAAAGCGAUCAAGUAUUGGACACGGACUUGGAUAAAACGCUGAAAUUUAAAACUAAAUAUUGGAUUAAAGUUUUGGAACGAGUUAUUAACGUCAUAUUGACUUUGGCUAAAAAUAAUGUAUCAUUCAGAGGAGACAAUGAAUCGUUAUAUGAUGGCGAUCACAAUCGUGGCAACUUUCUAAAUAUUAUUGAGCUAUUGUCAAUUUAUGAUCCAGUUUUGAAAGAGCUUUUAUCAAAAGAUAAAAAAUGUGUAAAAUAUUUGUCGCCAACCAUUCAGAACGAAAUUAUCAACCUCUUUAGCCAAUGA